AUGGCUGUAGCAGCUUAUUCAUCUUUGGUUUCCCUCAUGCAUGUUCUGGACAACGUUCAGCAUCCUGCCCGUCGUCGGCUUCAUCUCGACAGAAACCAAAUUGGAAUUCUGCAGGAAAAGGUUCGUUUCUUGCAAGAUUUUCUUGAAGUCCAUUGCCAAGGAAAAAUCCAAAAGAUGCAAGAUCUGGCGAUGCAAAUCUCUGUUGUAGCCGAUGAAGCAGAAGAUAUAAUUGACUUAUAUGUAGUGGAUCAGCUUUGUGAAGGACCGAAAAACAGAAGUCAUGAUAUGACUGCGCUCUCAUCUUUCUGUCAAGAUAUAAACAAAGUAAUUGAGAAGCUUGAUUGUGUAAAGAGUGAAUUGAUGAUGGUAGUUGAAGAGGAACGCGCCAGCCUCCAAGCACAGAAGCCCAUAUCUUCCUUGCCGGCUUGUUCAUCAACAGUGCUUCCAUCCAGUGCCAAGAGUAGUACUAUGGUGGGAUUUGAUGAGCGCUUGGAAAGAAUCAUGGAUGAGCUCACUGGACAUAAAUGUGAUCUCCAGAUCCUCCCUAUUGUCGGGAUGGGAGGUAUUGGUAAGACUACUCUAGCUAGAAAUGUUUUUGAUCAUCCAUAUAUUGUCCAUUACUUUGAUAUGCGAAUUUGGUUUACAAUAUCUCAAGAAUAUAGCUCGCGAGGAAUACUUGUACACCUUCUUAACGAUGGAAGAAACCAAGAAAAUAGUAAAACUUUAGCUGAAUUAGGACAACGAUUGUACAAAAAUUUAUUUGGUAGAAAGUAUUUGAUUGUUAUGGAUGAUGUCUGGAGCAUCGAUGUUUGGGAUGAUUUGAAGCGACUCUUUCCGGAUAAUAAGAACGGAAGUCGAAUUCUGGUGACGACUAGGUUGUUUAAUGUGGCAGUUUCUCUAGGCUCCCAAAGCCCUUAUAUGAUGGAGUUUUUGGACGAGAGUAAAAGUUGGGAUUUAUUUUGUGAAAAGGCAUUUUCAAGGCAAGGUUGUCCAUUUCCAGAACUAGAGAAAAUUGGAAAGUAUAUAGCAAAAUGUUGUAGAGGACUUCCUCUAGCAAUUGUUGUAAUUGGCGGCCUCCUUGCAAACUCCAAGAUGACUCGAGAAGAUUGGGAGUUUGUAGCAGAAAAUUCGCUAUCAAAUCAAGACAUCCAGAAGGGUACAUCUCUCUCAAGUCCUCCGCUUCUCGCGGUCAACAUUCCUUUCCAGGACAUUGAUAUCAAUGCUAUUGGCUCGUUGCCUAAUCUUGAAGUGCUCAAAUUGUACUAUAACGCCUUCAAAGGGCAUGAGUGGAAUCCAGUUGAAGGAGAAUUUCUUCGUUUGAGAUUCUUGUUACUGAAGGAUGUUGACGUGGUGUGCUGGGGCGCAGACAAGGCCAACUUUCCGAACCUUGAGAGCCUUGUUCUUGAAGACAUAAUAAAUUUGAAAGAGAUACCUUCAGGUAUUGGAGAAAUAGAGACAUUGCAUUCAAUUCAUCUAGUUAAUUGCAGUGACUCCAUUAUCAACUCAGCAAAAUAUAUACUGGAGGAACAAGAAAGCCUGGGAAAUGAGGCCCUUCAUGUUCAUGUUCGAUCCAAGGAGAAAUACCAUGAGAUGGUCCCUAAGUAUCGACCCCCAUGCCAUUGA